UUUUGAUAAAGGAGAAAAAGGGGAGCUUGUCCCUGGAAUGUGGCUGAAACUCACUUUGAAGGGAGAGAGCACUCCUGCAAGACGACUAGCGCAGUGGUAGACGGCCGAUGGCUAGAAAAUCCUGCAUGGAGCAAACAAGGAGUUAGAAGGUCUAGGACAAAGGUAUAGGGCUAUGAACCAGGUUCCCGUGGCCCUAACGAUACACGCUGCUGCUGCUGCUGGAAAGAAGUAACCCAGACAGCGCAAGCCGUGCACGCAAACAGUGAAAGACGUUGUGUCGUUGUAUACAGUUAAAUAAAUAAAAAGUCGUGGCAGUCUGCAUCUGGACAGGAGUAGGUGAAGCUGCUACUCAGGAGGCUUGAGGGUGGCAAGCCGACAUAAACCCUGGUAGAGGUUCAGCUUCUCACUGACGUGACCCCCAGGGAGGAGGAGGUAAGGCAACCUGCACCCUUCUCCCGUUGGCCAAGGUGAUGUGCUCGAGUGCUUUUGGAAAGCACUGGCUUUUCACUUACCGAAUUUAGUUACAGCUUCAUGUUCUCCUCCUUGUUCCUUUUUUACCUCCCUCCCCUCCCCACGGCUCUGCAUCGCCAAUAACUCGCUCUUCCCCGGCGUCGGGCGGGCAGGGCAGGGGAGCAGCCCCAUGUGAGCCAGGUGCUGGGGCCGUGCCACGGACUGUUUCUCGGGGAUGCUCCGAGAGCAGCGUGAUUAGCUUCCCUUCCCCGGGGAGGCUCGGCACACAUCGCCUCUGCGAUGCGCUCAACCUCCGCCGACCCAGGGCUUGGGACGAGUCCAGCCGAGAGCAGAGCGGCAGGGCUGCGCCUGUGUCAGGAGGCGAAGCCCAGGACACGCUGCCGAUAAUCCCGUUUCUUCUGGACCCUUUAUUUCCUAAGCACUAAAUGAAAUUUCAGAUUUUAGAUACGUCUAGACAUAUACAGUGCACGAUAAAGUUGAUAAUACAUUAAUCAUUUUUAACAACAGGUAAUAUGCAUAAUUUAUGGUGUUACAGUGCUAUCUUUUUUGAUAUUUAUGAUGGAUAAUGCUCAGUUUUUGCCCUCAUAUUACUGCUUUAAAUUAUACCACAAGAAAAUUAAUGAGAAAGUAGAUUUAUGGGUUUCAUUUGUUUGUCAAUUCGGAAAUUAAUUGGGUGUUAAUUUUAGCCGUCCCUCAUCAGACCAGGUCUUUAGUAUGUGUGCAUUACUUUGCAUUCAUUGAAGCCUACCUCCCAUUUACUGUGGGUCACUAGCUUUGCAUACAUUAAAAUAGCCCUCAGGCUCAUUCUCUUGAUUACUUUUUGAACUGCCAUGCAUUAGAAAAUUUACGCCUUUCUGUUAUAAUUAUGAAAAUUCGCUAUUGGAAGAUGGUGCUUGCAUAACAGCAAGUAUACAGUCUUGCUCAGCGAUGUAAGAUCAUAUAGCAAAUCCCAAUACGUUUUUGUUCUAAUCCUAGAAAAUAGCACUCUCGACAAUCUUUGUUGUGCGAGUUUCAUCCUUUGAAAUUUCAAGGAUCCGUUUUAAUGCAUUGAAUUACCUCUUUAAGCUGAGGAAAUAUCAAAGGAUUUCACCUCGUCGCUGUCUCUUUGUUUCCUCUUUUCACACAUCCCGUACGCGUUCCUCCCUUGCCUUGCUCCAGGUUUGCCUCUCCUCCUCCAAACGCCGCUGUCAGACGUGACUCAGCAUCGCUUUUCAGGACAGCGGAGCCUGACUCGCUCCGUUCCUUACUAUUUCGGUUGACUCUUAAAAGAUCACCCUCAAUUGCUCUUUGCAUCCCCUUCUCCUGUCUCUUGCUCUUGCAGAAUUCAGCAACCACCAGUAGCGUGUAGGCGAGUGGCCUUCAAAAGGGUAAGCAUGAAGUUUUAUCCAACAAGUACCCUAACGUACUGACAGUUGAUCUAUAGUUAGUUAGUACAUAAUUAUACCUAAAAUACACCCUGUCAGCAGGAUAAAUGACGGCUACUGAAAACUCUAAAAGCAUGACGGGUAUUCACCCAUCUGCAAUGACGAGAGCGGAGGGGUUUGUAAGUUGAGAAAGGCUGGUGAGUUCAGCGUGAUCCGAUUGAGUUAAAUCAUGCCGUAUGUUGGGGUGGCUCUUUCUAAUAGUCGUGCUAACCACAAACACAGGCAGAGAGAAGAUAUCUGGUCCACCUGGCUGGUUUGGACUCCCCUCCCCGGCGUUAUUUCUGUACUUAGCGUGGUGGCAGCCCUCGAGCUGCUCAUGUGAAGCUGGCUGAUUCACAGUUAAUUGUGACAUGGUGUAAUUUAGUAAAUGAGCAGCUGAACAUCUGUACGCCUUCCCCCACGGUAGAUCAAAGCCUUACCUUACACAAGGCUUUUAAUUUCCACUAGUGAAUCCUUUUUCUUUUACUGAACUCAUGGAUGGCGGGACGGUGCUGCUGGCCGCCUCGCCGACCUAGGGACUGGAGGAGAUGGGCGUUUCAGCAUCGGCUGGCGACCGUCGAAGCAUGUUCCUGGAAAAAUUCAGAAGCAGUGGUGGGAUGUGGAGCCUGAGGCGCUUUCCCCCGCAGAGCGCUUGCUCCAAAGAUACCGGGACUAGAAGGGACCACCCGUGAGUUGGGCAGUGGUCUCCUGGGAAAGCCAUCGGGGUCCUCGUUACUGAUAACGGGCAGCACCGGGAGUGCCAGGCUGCUUCGGCAUUGCUGUUGUACCUGUGCUGGGGGUAAGAAGCAGCUUUGCUUGUGCUUUGGGUAUUGCCUUGCCGGUCACGCUCUGGAGUGCGUUUUGUUUUCAAGAGGUAAAAUCCUGCCUUUGCAGCGUUGCGUUGUCAUGAAAGGCUUCCAAACGUCAUUUGGGUAUUUUUACAAUUACACAGAGGAGUGCUCUAAAGUUAGUCCUGAGCUUGCUUUGGGGAACUGCUUGCAACAAACAGGUAAAAUGUUUACUGAUAAACCAUGCGUGUGCGGAUAGCGUGCCUGCUGGAGAAUUUGGGACUAGAUCUUGUCGUUUGAUCACUUACUUAAAACUGAUUUUACCAUUACCUCUUCUGUCUAUAAAAGUAGAAAUAUAUUUUAUAAAUCUGUGUUGUGUUUAAUUUACAUGUCCUUUCAUGGCUGGGCCAAGUUCUUUAAGGGCAUUUAUUCUGCUUCAUAUAAAUAAUUGAUCAGCCAAGUUAAUUUACUUCUGCCUGACUUGGUCAACCUUAAUUAACUGCCCUGGCAUACAGACUGAACUUUUUGUUAGCUUAAAAUCUUUCACAAAUGUGACAAAGGAGGGAUGUAUUAUGACAACAUUUUUGCUCUAGCGCUGUUUCCAGGGGAAAUGUUGAGUGAUCUUUAUGUGCAUGUAUAUAGAUUUGUAAACAACUCCAAGUACUAAUAGCUGAAAUAAAAUCAUCAGCUUUGGAAGUAGCUUUGAAACACGCAGGCUACAUUCUGAACGUGUAGUCCAGGCUGAGUCUGGAAGCAUGUUAAAACAAAGAUUUUAAGGUCCAGAAGACCCCAGGGAUAGUUUUUUAAAGGUGAUGAGAUGCUUAAAGAUGUAGAUUGGUGCUUAUGCAGGAGUCUUAAAAAUGUCUCGCCAGAUGCCUCCAUGUAUGGUGAGGCAUCUAAAUACAUCGAGUAUCAGUCCCUCACUCUUUUAGACUUGCAGCGUUACCUUAUUCUGACGGGUGCUUCAGUCAGUAAAUCCUCCCUCAUGCUGACAUUAAACAAUGCUGCUUAGUCUUUAGAAACUAUACUAGUAGAAGAAUUGCAGAAAUUGCACACUUCAGCGCCCACCUCCUGCCUACUAAUCUCCACGCUUAACCUUGCUCAUCUAAAUAGUCCAGUGGAGCUGAGCAACGUGUAUCUGCAGCAUCUGGUCUUUGUGAUGUUAUGGACUUUUUUUUUUUUUUAUUUUAAUGGAUUAGCACAGAACAUUUUCAAAAUUAGGAUUUCUUCAGGUUCUGUCUUUUGAGUUCAAAACACCGACACUGCAGUCCUCAGAUCAUUUUGAUUCAGCCAAACUUCACAUCCAACCUAUGUUUUUUCAAUUUUGACCAUGCCCUUAGGAAAUUAGCUGUCCCCUACCUCUGUCCAAGUCAUCUGGAAGAUGAUUAGCUGUUGUCCUCCUGUUGACGGACCGCCUUGCUUUGAUUCCACUCCACUGAAAUUUUACUCCGUUACCUUGCACAUGACAUAUUCACCAAGGAGAUGAGCCAAACUGUAUGGCUUUGGCUUUGUAUUUGACUGUGCAUCAAAGCUAGAAAAGGUUUUGCGUGGGUUAAGAUGGGAGGCUUGAGAAAUUGAUUACCGUUGUGAGAUUUUUAAGCCAACCCGACAUUAAGUCAUAUAAGAACAGUUCUUUUAUUAUGUGGUGCUUGAUUUCAGGAUAAAAUUUUAGAAGUUGUUCAUACUGCAGCUUAGCUUUGGUCCCUUCAUGUGGGAAAAACAUCUUGUGUCACCUUAACUAAUCUUAAGAGUCGUUCUCUGUCCCUCCUAUCGUGAAUAUCGUGAAUUUUUAUUAAGAAAAAAAAGAAAAGAUACUUAUACUUGGAAGAACCCAUCUAUUUUAAGCUGUAAAAAUACAUUUUCCUUUAUAGAAUUGAUGAGAGAGUCAUUCUGCUUUGUAGAACACAUGAGAUGGAUGUGCUCUAUUGCCAUUAAACAUCUUAAGUCAGAACAUGGUAUCUUGCAUGUCAUGGAAGCUUUUGUGGAGUACUGUAUUUCCUGUAAUAAAUCGUUGUGCAUAACAGCUUCUUCAGCACUAUUUUGGUUACUUGGGGUUGUAUUCAGACCAGAAUCACAGUUUGUGGUACUAGACCUGAAGCUUCAGUUCAGUUCCCACGAAACAUAAUCAUGUUGCAUAAAGUCAACCUUGCUUUGCUUUUUUCUUUCACGAUUUUGAGUGACAGACUUCACUAAUAGGCUUCUGUAAGGCCCGCUACUCUAUGCUGAGAGAGACAAUUAUCUCAGCCAUCCUCGCUGUACUAUCACCUCAGCUCAUUUAGGUGUGCUCAAAAAGACAAAUAAUAAUCAUUCUUGCAGAAAGCUCUUGCAGGUUGAUUUUCAUGACAUGACGCUUGAUGAUCAAACCAAACUGUGAUUAUUUAUGUCAACUCACAUUUGACUACAAUGAAGAAAUAAACAGUUUCAUCUUUUUCUCCCUUGAAAAUCCUGUUGUCUGUUGGAGGUGUUUUAGCAAAGUGGAUUCGUUCUGUAUUGGUCUUCAGCUGAAGUUAUAUUGACGUUGACUGUCCGUGAAUGGGUGUUUUUAAAGAAAAUUUGCUCAAAAUGUUGACUUCUGCUUUUAAAAUAUUUUUUUGAAAGUCCAAACAUCACAAUUUUCUUUUUACUCUUUUGGACGUUCUCUUUGCAAACUCCAUUUGCAGCUCCGUUUCCUUGAUAGCUGCUGCCAAUUCUGCUGGGUCCGAUACGUAGGGUGGGCACGGCCAGCGGAGGGGCCAGCCCUGUGCAGCUCAGGUGGUAACUGGCUGGGGUACUUUGAAAGGUAAAAUGGAGCCUGAAAUUUGUCGUGGAAAAGGUUCUCAAGAACUAUGAUCUUUUUGCGACCAAAACCUAUAAAUAAUCCAUCUUUUUCUCAGUCCUAUAGGUUGGAAAAAUUGUAGCAAUUUCUGCUGUUGUUGCUUUCCAGGAGCGUUUUGCAAUCCUAGAGAGAAUAAAUAAUUUCUUGACCAGUUUGCUUGUGAAUUAUUUUCUGUGUCCUGGAUAUAUUUCGCUCAGAAGGACAAGCCAACAAAUCGUGAUCCGGCAGUGAUAGAUCUGCUUCUCAGUGGUGCACAUUCUUCAUGCCGCUGUCAGAGGCAUCCCAGAGCUUUGGUCGGUGCUUUCUCUGACCCUCCUUAGUAGUUUAUCCAGGUUCCUGCCUCCAGUCAAUUUGUUGCAUCAGGAGUGUGGGACAAUGAAAUGUCUGUCUUUACUGCUAGGGCAUGUUGGUUUUGACAUCUCUUUCCACUGUGGUAUCUGCUGGAGGCACCUUCCACCAGUUCUUCAGUGUGUCCUCCCUCUGUUGCAUGUGGUCUAUGUGGUGGUGAUGUGCCACCAACCAUGUGCAUCAAAACGAUCAAAGACAUAAUUCUCUAGGUAGAACCUGCUAAGCUGAUUUUAUGUGGUGGUCAUCCUUGUCCAGAUCUUCUGCUGAGGUAAAUAAUGUGAUGCUCCAUUUUCUCCAGUUGAGGCUUGAUCCGAAAUUUGGAUGGAAGCAGAAAGCAAUGACAUCAGUUCUUUCUUUUUGAUUAUCUCUGGUUAAGAGAGAUGUGUCCUUUUUAGUAGUGUAGCAUACAAAAGUUGCAUGGUACACCUUUGAGUAACUUGUGAGCUGUCUGGGGAAUCUCACUCCUCUCUCUUCUUCGGAAGCAACUAGUCUCUGCCCGGUGUGUAAUCCAGCCUUGUUAGGUGUAAACACUUACUUAGACCUUAUCAUGCUUGUGGGCUUUCCUUACAGUGCCGAAAAUGAAAACCACACCAUGCUCGGUCUGUAUCAGAGCGGGAUGAUGUUAGAACCCAAAAGCAUUUGCCAGUGGUGUUGGGAAGGCUGUAGGAUAGUUUAGAUCUGUGGAGCUUUUACAAUGGAGUUGACAGAAGCUUUGUAAUGAGCCCCCAAGCCCUUUUGUCCCCUUGCAUAAUUUGAAGAUUUCACAAAACAGAUUGAAAGAAAUUUCCAUAGACCAGCUGAAAUUUAUUUAAAUGUAAUCAGAACAUUUGAAUCUGUCCUAGCACCGUCCAUGUGCUUGGGCGGCCUGUCACUGUGAAUAGAUCCCGUCAUGAUUGGAGUGGGGUCCGGCUAACGAGUGGUUCACCCGCCUUGGCCGUGAAUUGGUGAGGAGUGCUAAUGCUGGAGCGUGGUGGUGACAAAGCCCUCGUUAGUCAGCUGCUUCUCAGUUAGGACAAUUUGAUUAUCAGCUGUAUGGAUCAUCGUUAUGACCGUCUGAAGCUACCGAACGAAUGAGAGGUGUGGCGUUGGUGCGUUGGGCUGUCGGGUGUUGGGCUGCAGCGUACCUCCACGCGCGGUGCCGGGUGGCGUGGGGGGCCUGAUGCUGAAUGUCACCUGGGGCCGGCAGACACCCGGGGAGCCGGCGCUGGAAAGAGGAAUUGCUGGGUGCAGCCGGUACCGUGCCUUCGUGCUCCUCAUCACUCAUGUGUGGGUUCCCAGGGACAGGGUUUUCCCUCGGUACUUUUCCGUUGAAACGCAUUGCUUUCUCUCGCCCUUUCGGAUUGAUAUUUUCCCUUAUUCGUUGGAAGGGAAGGGAUUUUUCUUCUUCCUUUUGAUUCAGGGUAGUUACUGAAGUCAAACAGGUUCUCCCUUAAAUAUAAAGCAUCUUACUUUCAAGGUGACCCACCCUGCACAGAGGCGUUUGGCUCGCACGUGCACGUGGUGGAAAUACCUAUAAAACAACUCAUCAGAAUAUCUCAAAGGUAGCGGUUUGCAGCUGAAAAGCGGCGUAUCUGCGUUGUUUGGGGGGGUCUUGUGCACAAAUGCUGCCGGUUAAUUCACAAAGACGUGUGAAUCCCAGGAGCUAUGGGCUGAGCGAGAAGGCACUCAUCCUCAUCCUGGUUGUGGGGCCUGUGACCCACUGAUGCAAUUGAUGAGCUCAGCGUUGUAAAGCACCCAGGGACAGACAUCCACCGCGAGUCGAGAGCCAUGCGGGCUGGCUGUUUUUGAGUCAUGAUGCAAGAAUCUGGGACUGAGACAAAAAGUAACGGUUCAGCCAUUCAGAAUGGAGCGAGCGGUGGCAACCAUUUACUAGAGUGCAGCCUGCGGGAAGUGAGAUCAAACGGCGAGACACCUUCAGUUGAAAUUGGGGCUGCAGAUUUAGCACAUCUUCAGCAACAGCAGGCUCUCCAGGUGGCACGGCAGCUUCUACUGCAACAGCAGCAGCAGCAGCAACAGCAGCAGCAGCAGCAGCAGCAAGUUAGUGGAUUAAAGUCUCCGAAGAGGAAUGACAAACAGCCAGCCCUUCAGGUUCCAGUGUCGGUGGCUAUGAUGACACCUCAAGUGAUCACUCCCCAGCAAAUGCAGCAGAUCCUCCAGCAACAAGUGCUAACUCCCCAGCAACUCCAAGUCCUGCUCCAACAGCAGCAGGCACUCAUGCUUCAACAGCAGCAGCUUCAAGAGUUUUAUAAGAAACAACAGGAACAGUUGCAGCUUCAACUUUUACAGCAACAACAUGCUGGAAAACAGCCUAAAGAGCCCCAGCAACAGCAGGUGGCUACGCAGCAGUUGGCCUUUCAGCAGCAACUCUUACAGAUGCAGCAGUUGCAACAGCAGCACCUCCUGUCUUUGCAGCGUCAGGGGCUGCUAACGAUCCAGCCUGGCCAGCCUACUCUGCCUUUGCAACCCCUUGCACAAGGCAUGAUUCCAACAGAACUGCAGCAGCUCUGGAAGGAAGUGACAAGCUCGCACACAGCGGAGGAGGCAGCCAGCAACAACCACAGCAGCCUGGACCUGUCCACCACCUGCGUCUCCUCCUCCGCGCCAUCUAAGACCUCCUUAAUCAUCAACCCGCACGCCUCAACUAACGGACAGCUAUCGGUCCACACUCCUAAACGGGAGAGUUUAUCCCACGAGGAGCACUCGCACAGCCAUCCGCUCUAUGGACACGGUGUAUGCAAAUGGCCGGGCUGUGAAGCUGUAUGUGAAGACUUCCAGUCGUUUCUAAAACAUCUCAACAGUGAGCAUGCGCUGGAUGAUAGAAGUACAGCCCAAUGUAGAGUACAAAUGCAGGUUGUACAGCAGUUAGAGCUACAGCUUGCAAAAGAUAAAGAGCGCCUGCAAGCCAUGAUGACACACCUGCAUGUGAAGUCAACUGAACCAAAAGCCACCCCUCAGCCCCUGAAUCUGGUAUCGAGCGUCACGCUUUCCAAGACUGCAUCCGAGGCGUCUCCGCAGAGCUUACCUCAUACUCCCACCACCCCGACUGCGCCCAUCACUCCCGUCACGCAGGGACCGUCGGUCAUCACUACCACGAGCAUGCACAACGUCGGACCCAUCCGGAGGCGGUACUCGGAUAAAUACAACGUCCCCAUUUCUUCAGCAGAUAUUGCCCAGAACCAAGAAUUUUAUAAGAACGCAGAAGUUAGACCACCAUUCACGUAUGCAUCUUUAAUUAGACAGGCCAUCCUCGAAUCUCCAGAAAAACAGCUAACACUAAAUGAAAUCUACAACUGGUUCACGCGAAUGUUUGCUUACUUCAGACGCAACGCGGCGACGUGGAAGAAUGCAGUGCGUCAUAAUCUUAGUCUUCACAAGUGUUUUGUGCGAGUAGAAAACGUUAAAGGGGCAGUAUGGACAGUGGAUGAACUAGAGUUCCAAAAACGAAGGCCACAAAAGAUCAGUGGUAACCCUUCUCUUAUUAAAAACAUACAGACCAGCCACACCUACUGCACACCUCUCAAUGCUGCUUUACAGGGAGAAGAAGCAGCUCUCUCCCCUCUCUGUGUGUGGAAGGCUUCAAUGGCUGAGAACAGUAUACCUCUAUACACUACUGCUUCCAUGGGAAAUCCCACUCUGGGCAAUUUAGCCAACGCGAUGAGGGAAGAGCUUAAUGGUGCAAUGGAGCAUACGAACAGUAACGGGAGUGACAGUAGUCCAGGACGUUCCCCUAUGCAAGCAAUGCACCCUGUGCAUGUCAAAGAAGAACCAUUAGAUCCAGAUGAAAAUGAAGGCCCGCUAUCCUUAGUGACAACAGCCAACCACAGUCCAGAUUUCGAUCACGACAGAGAUUAUGAAGAUGAACCUGUAAAUGAGGACAUAGAAUGAGUAUGUCUGACAUCGUUAUCCUGAGAAUGAAGAUUGGAAGAACACGUCAAACUUAGCUGUGAAAUCUCUCCAUUAUUGUACAGUCUGGAGGAUUCUCAGUCCACUUUGACAACUAUGAAAUAUGUUAACUCUUAGUGCCAUCAAGUAUCCCAUUUGGGAGUAUUUUUGAUUUUUCUACUUUUUGUUGAAAAAAGGAAUUUGUACUCUGUGCAUUGGAUGGACUUGUUUGGUACUUGGGAUUUUCCUCUCUUACAGUCAACAUCAGUGUUGUAAAUUUGCUAAACUGAUUCACUUGCAUUUAGCAGCCAGCUGUGGACUGCAGGUCCUGCCAAUUUUGGACACUUGAGGACAUCAAACUGAGCAUGUACACCUGAACUGCAGAUCAAGUCUUUGCCCAGAUUUUAAGGAUUCCAAUGGACAACAUAUUUGCACAGUACUGCAUGUUGAUUAUCACUGCCUUUACUCCAUUUUUUUCUUGUUUUUUGGUUGGUUUCUUUUUUUUUCUUUUUUUUCUUUUUUUUUUUUUUUUUUUGCUUCCAUUUGGGAUGGGGAAGGCCUGUGUGUGCACGUGUGUGGAUAUGUGUGUGUGCGUGUGAGCGUGUAUAUCGGGGAGGGGUUAAAAGAAAAAAUUAUCCCAAACUUUUUAAUGUAUUGCUUUUAUUCCCCCGCCCCGCUUCUCCUCUACCAUUUUAAGUUCUGACCUCAGGCCUCAUCUGGGCCCAGGGCCUCUCGGAGGCUUCAACGUUUUCUGUACUUUGUGAUGAAUGUUAAUAGGUGUUUUUAUUAUACGAAGCUGAAUGUCAUUGAAUUGUUUGUAGUUUUUUCUGUCAUUCAUUCCAGUUUCCUUCAGAUGCCACCAUGUUUUCUUUAGCUAUGGAAAACAUUCCAUUUCGGUGUCUCCUUUUUUUUUUUGUUGUCGUUUUUCGAAAAGGUCCCAAAUGCUGCACUAUACAUGUGGAAGGGUUGUCCAACGGAGAGAGAGGAACGAAGUACUGCAAGAAUGAGAAUGAAUGACAGAUGAACAUAGAAACACUGUAGGAAGCAACACAGAUUCAUUCCACAAAGCAGUAUUUUUUAAUAUAUAUUUUUUUGUUGUUUGGGGUUUUUUUGAUAAUUUCUUUUUUUUUUGGCAGCAACGGUGAAUAUUAGCAAAUGCCACAAAAUGGAACAGCACAAAGAAACAUAUGCAGCACCAACAGAGUUCACUUUUAUUAGAGGAUGAAUAGUACAGUGGCAGGUUCUCGGUCGUUUAACACGAGUUCUAAUGGGUCAGCAAAUCUUUCUGGAAUAUCGAAGAUUACCGAGAUGGGCACCUAUACAUUUAUUAUUACAAUUUUUUAUUUUUUUUUCUUUUUGCAUUUGCAUUUGCAAAUAGUGGUUGGAAAGAUGACUUCAUUAAAUUGUUAUUGUACGUGGUGAUGUUUCACGGUUAAACAUCAGUUCAGGAUUGCUUGGUGGCAUUAAUCUGUUUGAAUACAAAUUAGAUUUCAGAUUGAACUUGUUACGGGAGUUAAUAAGGACGGAGCCCCACUAAUGCUAAAGUGUUAAUUUUCAGCUGUGCAAAUGCAGUACUGCAGUUAAGAUUGUUAUGCAAUAUUACACCAGCCAGUAUGGAAACCUCGCCGUAGGAGACAGGAGAUCUAGGAGAGAAUUCGCGCCGGGGCUUGUUAGGCAAAACUGGCAAGGCUCUUCAAAGCAAACACGACAUACAAAAUUUGUUGCGAUAGGUCAGUAAACCUCGGUCACCAAACACCUAAGCAUUUUCAUUCUGCAACCACUUUUCCGUCACUCAUUUAUUUAUGUAGGACUGUAGCUUUUUUAUUUUUUCAAAAAGCCUUUCAGAGCUUAAUUUAUAUUCUUCUUUGUACCUUUUUUUUUUUUCCUAAAAUUACCAAAGAUAUUACACAAAGGUAAAUUAUGUUCUCUGUUAUAUGCUUUAUCUUAUGAAGCCAAAUAUCCUCUUAUUGUUGAUCAAAGGAGGUUGAAGAAUUUAGAGGGAAAUGACAAGAUGUGGGCUAUUGCUAACCUGAGAGGGAAACUGCUCCUUUAUUCUAGAAAAUUUAGAAGGCCAAGUAGAUGUCUGAACCAAAGUUGUUACUUUUUAUUUGCAAUUCUUUACAGUGACCAAAACGAAAGUCUGUAAAAGAGGAAUUGAGGAGAGCUUUUGAGGCUAAAACUAGGAAUCAGUGUUACUGGUGGAGCUGUGAGAAGGGAGCUGGAGAAAGCGAAGACUCAGUUAUUUUGUGGAAAAUUAGAGUAUCAGAUAAAGGAGACAGUUUAAUAAAAUACAGAAGAGAACAGAAAAGCUCCCACAAUUUAACUGGACCACAUAAUAGUAUUUCUAGAAUUAAAUGAAAAAAAAAAUUUUUUUUUGGUCUUUGGUUCUACAGAUUGUGUGCCACUUCUGUUUUGGGACUGUGCUAGGAUGACUGCUUUAAUUUGGGUUGAUCUUGGCACGUUUGCUCAGUUUUGUUUAGUUUUUGGUCAGCAUUUUUCAUAAGGAAAUAACACUCCUGUCCACUCAUGAGCUUUGGUACAAGAAAUUUUAUUGGCAGUUACUUUUAUAAAACUCAACUCUGCUUUCUGUUUCAAAAGACAAAAAAAAGAAAAGAAAAAAAAGGGCAGUCUGUGGUCAUUUGAAACAUUUUUUUUUUUGGUUUAAAUUAUAUCCAGGCAGCUUCGUGACGUGCCGGCGGUAGCCAGAUGGGGAUCAUGAGAAUUGAGCCCUGUGCUUCUAAAACUGAGUGGUUUGCUGGUUAGUUCGGUAUUCAGAAGGGGGAUAAAAAUCUGGUAGAUUAGUUCAUUCUCAGCAUGUGUAGCUAGACAUGAGUAAAGAUAACAGCAUGAGAAACUGUUAGUACGCAUACCUCAGUCCAAACUGUUAGGGAAUGAGUAAAUAAAAAAUACAUUUCACUCAGUUGCACUUAGUUGUAUGUCUUGCAUGCUUAGUCUAAAGACUGUAGCAAAAAUAAAAAAAAUAAAAAAAGAGAAAAAGAAAUAAAAAAUUAGAUUUUAACAUAUCUGGCAGGUGUCGCAGCCUUGCAGAAGAACCAACUGAAAAUCUCAGGCUUUACAUCGAGCAAACUUCACUAUGAUUUUUACAAUUCUGAUUCUGUAUCCCUUUGGAUAUACAGUUGCUUCUUUAGGGAGGGGUUUAUUAUGUUGUACAUAUAUAUCCCACUGUGUCUGUGUGAGCCUUUGUCUUUUGGGGGGAGGGUGGGGAGGGAGGAAAAGGUGGAAAGGUCCUUUUUUUAGAUAUCAUUCCUCAAAAGGAAUAAAUGCAGACCUGUUUGUCAAAACACCUUUUGCUUUUUGUGCAACUGCUUUAUAUUAACUAUACUAAAAAAAUAGCUUUGAAAAAAAAAAACCUACUGUAUGUAAUGGAAUUGCAGAAUACGCUGCACAUGUAUUUUAUUUAGUUAUCCUUGCUUUAAGAAUAUUGGAUGACAUUUGCUGACAUGUGGGAGAAAAUCCCUGACUUUUUUUCAGCUUUUAAAAUUGUAACAUAGUUGACAGAUUUUUUUUUUUCUCCUGUUAUCAUUGAUCGAAGCAUUUUUGUACAGUUUUUGUGUUUAAGCUGGUUUUUUUUGAUACUUUCCCACCCCUUCUGUUAUCUUACCACUGCCUUUUCUGGCUGUCUUAAACAAAGUUCAUAUAUUUGAAAGGAAAAAAAAAAAAAAAAGUCGUUUAAAAAAAAAAUGUUUUUCUCCUGCUGCAGUAAAUAUUUUGCAUGAUGAAUUCCAGGGUCACACUUUCAAAGUUUAUCAGUGAAGUAGUGAUUAAUAAUGGGGAGUGUCAAACUAUUGAACUUUUGUAUAAAAAAAAAAAAAAACUUUACAAGGUGCCAAGAUGUAAAGACAAUUUGUUACAUGUUUUUUUUCUCAAAGAAAAGCGUACAUUAUGAAAGUAGUACCAUGUAUCAGGUAAAUCGCUGUCAGGAAUGAGAGUCAAAGCCUUCCUUGUCCACAAAAAAAAAAAAAAAAGUUUGUAAAUGUAAAACCUGUUAGGUUUCUGCAUUCAACUAGAAGUGAAAUGAAAAAUCAAGGCUUAUGUAGAAUAAGUGACCACAAAAAAUAUUACCUUUUUUGAUUCUCACUUGCAAGAGUCCCGCCGCAGGUCCUGCACCUCCCCUCUGCCGGAGCUCCCGCUUCGGGAAGAGACCGGGGCAGGGAUUCUGGUUCUACAAAUAUUGAAGAUCAUUAGAUAUUUUAUAUAUAUACAUACAUAAAUAUAUAUAUAAAGUUUUUAAAAAAUAAUUUUGAACUAUUGUAGUUUUCAGAUCGCCAAUAAUCUCACGUUCAUUAUAGCAUGGGAAAAAAAAAAAAGUGUUGAAACUCUUUUGAAAUCCUUUGGUACCUUUGGUUAAUGAACUCAGAGUGAGUUUUUAGAUGUUUCAGAAGUCAUUUAGUAUUCUAGUCUUGCGAGGUGAAUUUGCAGUUAACGACUGCAUUUUAAUGGGCCCAGAACAGGUAACAAAGUAUCUUCUACCCAUAAGCCUUGAUGAAAAUGGUACAGUCCAGACUGUUAGCAUGGUGCUUCGUGUGUAUGUGCUGCCAGUAACAAGAUUUUUAUUUUUUUUUUUUUGAUAAGGCAUAAAAGAAACUCAUUCCUUACAUCAACUGUAAUUCCAUCAUUCCAUGUCUGUUGAUACAGACAAUAAAAAAUGUUGUGUAGUCAGUACUAAUUACUGACAUUAUAGCAUUCUCAAAUGCAAUAAAAAUGCUGGUUGUUCACACUGGUAAUGCAAGUU